AUGCCGCAUCGCAAGUCAACUUCGGAGCCGAUCGGCUCGCUGGGCACCGAGAUGGUGCGAGUGUUGGUCGGUCCACAUAAAAAGAGCUUCGACAUACACAAAAAGCUGCUGUGCUCGACGAGCAGCUUCUUCCGUGAGAGCCUGGCUGCCAUCCCGGACGGGUUAACGGGCUCCGCCAACAGCAAGACGACUGUGCUGUGGUUCUCUGCAGAAUCACCCGAGAUGUUUGACCUCUUCGUCCUCUGGCUCUACCAUCGCCAGACGUUUAGUGCCGCAGUCGACCGUGCCUUGUCAGCUAUAGUCGCUGCAGAGGCCGACACGGGAGACCACGAGGCCGGAUCUGCUCGUCUUCGUGGUCUCAGGUGGGCACUGGUACAUCUCCACCUCUUCGCCGCUGCCGUCGACCUGCCCGCCCUUCAAGACGCUUCCAUGGACGCCAUCCAGGACCUCUACCUCCGCCUGGACUGGGACGUCUCACCACGAUUCGUCCGCUCCCUCUACGAGCGCCGGGCCGCCGAGGCCUUCAGGCUGCGCAAAUGGGCCGUCGCCAUGGUGGCUUGGACUCUCUCUUCUGGCGGAGCCUCGGGGAGGUGCAACGGCGACGACGACAGCGACGACGGCGAUGACAACGACCUUAUGUCCCAAGAAGACCGCGAGGCCGCCGCCGAGGCCAUCGCGUCACAGUUCCAACACCUCAUGGACCGGUUCCGCGAGUUCCACGACGACUACACGGCGCACCUGCGCAAGAUGGCCGGGUCCCGCAGCAGCGUCUGCAUCAAGAACCCGCAGCUCCGCAUCCCGACCAACAGCCUGCGCAACGACGAGCGCAACUUUGGCUUCCGCAUGUGCUCCUUCCACAGCCACCGCGCCUCGGUCGGUCAGGGUCAGUGCCCCCAUUCCAAGGGCGACGAGUCCUCUCGCCACUCGGUCAUGGUCAUGCCCAUCAGCAGCUCCCCCUGUCCCGUAAAGUCGCACACGAGGUCCUUCUCGCGCGACACCAAUUCCGGCGCCAGCGUCUCGUCCGACUGUCGCACCACGCCGUCACCGUCGCCGCCGCCCCAAGACGAAGACGAAGAAGAAGAGAACCCGACCCUCGGCGUCGCCAUGACUGCCACGCGCCACCGGUCGCGGUCGGACCUGGGCUUCAAGCCCGUGAGGUUCUCUUCUCGCUUCUCCUCUGCUCGCCUCCAAAGUACCCUGCCUACUAUACCACCGACGCCAAACGACCCUGCCACGACGAGCUUCUUUUGA